CGGAAUAAAAAUAAGCUAAUUACGCAAGAGAAAAUGCUAGCUUGAUUACCUUUUCUCGGUGGACGACUGGUAGAGCCGAAUGAGGCUGCUGGGUUCGGGGAAAUGGCUUCCUUGUAAUUUCAAGUCCUCCAUCUUGCCUCGCGCGCCUCGUCGCAAGGGCUCGGGUUCAAUGAGCUGUGCGACUCAGACACGAUGGAUCAGCUCGAGACCCAGGUGACCGACUUGCGGUCAUUCCUGACCCAAGCUCCUCCUCUCUCCGCUGCUUCCUCAAUCUCGCAAGCAGCAGGAGGAGGACACGGCAUGGACAUCAGCUAUUCCCCCGAUCCGCACCACUCCCCGCUUUCCGCCCCCGGAGACAAUUCCGCGCCGCAGUCCUUCUCGCCCGCCGCCUUCGCCGUGGGCCAUAAGAGGAAAUCUCCCGACGAGGACACUGCUAGUGGUGGUGGUGGUGGUGGUAAGCAGCAGAGGAGCAAGCGGAACAGGUACAUCUCGAUUGCUUGCAAUGAAUGCAAGCGGCGCAAGAUCAAGUGCAAUGGCCAGACUCCAUGCCAGCGAUGUGGCAACCUCAACCUGCAAUGCCUUUACACGCCGAACUGCUGUUCCAACAAUUUCAAGGAGACGGACGAGUUCAAGACCAUGACCGAGCACGUCACGCGUCUCCAGGAGCAGGUUGAAACCCUCUUCAACAAUAUGAACGCCCUCCGACAAGAAACACUUCGCUUGGCCCCAAUCCAAGACCGUACCCUACCCCUGCCCUCGACUACAGUCGCCUCUUCGCCGUCUGCUUCGUCGGUCCGUUCUCUUCCCAGACCUCCUGCGCACAGAGCUCCGCCGCCGUUCAGCGGCCCGACAAGCAUGGCUUUCACUGUCGACGUUGCCAAGAACACCCUCCAUAAGAUGGGAUACCCCGGCACGGCAGACGGGUCCGACGAAAACGGAGGCCCUCACGAAGACGGCCCUGCCCGGUCCCCCUUCCUCCACCAAACGAUGCAAUCGCCCUCGGCCCUGCAAUCAGGGCCUACUGAUCCGCUGUGGGAGCUCAGCAAGGAUGAAAUGAUCCGCCUCUGCCGACUAUAUGAGGAGGAAGUGGGUAUAAUGUACCCGGUGAUCAGCAUCGAGUCGGUUUUGGAGCAUGCGAAAUCACUUGGGACAUGGAUGGAAGCCGGCAAGAGGAUGGGAUCGGCCCCACCGUCUAGUCAGGACGACAGGAUCACCGACCUGCUUACGUGCAAUCUGAAGAUCGUCAUGUGCUGCGCCCUCGCCGUCGAGGAACAUGCCAACAGCGCCAGGGCCACCCAGCUCUACGAAAGCAUGCAGGCCGUCGUCGACAGGAUGCUCAUGACAGAUGCCGUCGAUGUGAUGAAGCUCCCCUUCUUGGCCCUCGUUGCCGGUUACAGGUUUCUCGCCAACGAAGAGAUCUUGGCCUGGAGGGUCAUGGGCCAGGUGGUCCGCCUGUGUCUCGAGCUCGGUCUCCACAGAAGAGAUGGGCUAUCCGCGAUUCAGGACGAGCAGACCCGUCGGUACGCUCUCAAUACGUUCUGGUCAGCAUAUGUCCUUGACAGGCGAUGGAGUUUUGGCACAGGGCUACCCUAUGUGUGCCAUGACGACAAGAUUGAUCCCAAGCUUCCAAUGCCGGAUAACCACCCUUACCUGGUUGCUAUGAUAACGUACUCAAAGCUCGGCGCCAAAAUUUGGAAAUUGGUUGACUACUUUGAGCCUGCUCUCAUUCGAGAGCUCAAACGGAGCGACUUUGAGGCGCUGGAUCGCGAGAUUCUUGACUGGUAUGAAACCGUACCAGAAGAAAUCAGGGUCCCGUCUCUCAAUAACGAGGGCCCUCUCGUGCCGGUACCAUCUUCGCCGACCUAUGACAUUCGGCGGCUACAAAUUUGGACACGUCUAAGAUUAAACCAGAUCCGCAUUUGGCUCCACACGCCAGUCCUGCACAGCGCAAGCAGCAUCGCAGAGAACAUGCCACUGGCCCGAAGAGCGGUAGACCUGGCAAAGGACACGAUCGAGUACCUCACGCGACUCAACCGGACGACUGACAUGUACAAGCGCAUCCAGGUCUUCUACCACCAGUUCCUGACAUCGGCCAUCGCCGUCCUCUUCCUCGCCUCCACCCACGCCCCCCUCCAGUUCAGCGCGGACUGCCGCGCCGAGUUCUACAUGGCCCUCGACCUCGUGAAGGACAUGUCGGCCCGCUCCUGGGUCUCCCAGCGCCUGUGGCGGACCAUCCGCUCCCUCGAGUCGUACGCGCCGUGGCUCGGCCUGCAGGACGACGACGCCCACUCCAGCGCGGCCAUCAUCAUGACGGGCUUGGCAACGGGACGCUCGCUCGCCGGCACGCCCGCCAGUAACGGCACCGGCAGCAGCAGCCGCCAGAGUCCGGCGGCGCCCGGUUUUCCCGCGCCGCAGGGGAGGGCCCCGGCGCAGACCAGUGGUGGUGGUGGCCUUCACCGUGACUCGGCUGCGCAGAAGGCGCAGGGACAGCAGCAGCAGAUGACGGAGGACCAGAAUAAUGGGCUGAGGUUGCAGACGAAGAUGUCCAAGAUCUUUGAGGGAUACACCACCGGCCUGGACGGGAGGCAGAAUCAUCGUCAGAAUCAGCAUCCGCAUCAGCAUCAGCAUUCGUCGACCCGUGUGGCCCGCUCGUCGCCGAGCCGGCCGCAGCCGCCGCAUGGUGUCGCGUCCCCCGGCGGCGGCCUACCGAGUCCCGACGACGGGAUCGGUGGUGGGGGCAUGUAUCAGCGUUUUAAGGAUAUGUUUUGAGGGCUGCUAUAAAUGCGGGAUUUGGGUGGCUGGUGUUGGGGUUGUCCGGGCGCAUUGGCUGGGUCGGAGGGCAUGGGCUGGGAAGGGGGAAGGGUCGGGCAUGUGGGUCGGGCAUCAUCUAUGGUCUACCGCUGUAUUUUGGAUGGGAUAUUCUGCAUUUGCAUGGAGAGGCAUGGGAUGGGUAUGAAUUUUGUAAACAUAUAUCUCGCUGCGGUGGGAUUCUUGUCGCUGAAUUGAUCAUCAUUGACAGACAAUCUUGGGAAAGGGGGGCAUCAGGCUGCGAGAGCAGGAGAACUAGAUAAGCCUAUUAUUCCUCACUUGGUCUAACGACG